AUGGCACGCGAUUCUGAUGGUUUUGUUGUUCUUGGGAGUAUUUUUAGGAGGGGUUUUUACCCAAACGCUUUGACUUUUAACAAUCUGAUUAAUGGUCUUUUUAUGGCGGGCAAGAUUAAGAAGGCCAUUGAAUUUUCUAGGAAAAUGGUUUCGGUUGGUUGUAGACCGGAUGUGGUUACAGUUGGGACUUUGGUUACUGGGUUGUGUAGAACUGGUAAUGUCACUGUUGCCCUUCAGUUGUUUGAAGAAAUGAAUAACGGGAAUGGUGAAUUUGGUGUCAUUUGUAAGCCUCAUAUUGUUUGCUAUACUACAAUUAUUGAUGGUCUUUGCAAAUAUGGGUUAGUAGACAAGGCAAAGAAACUGUUUUCAGAAAUGAAGACCAAGGGCAUUAAUCCAAACGUGAUUUCUUACAGCACUCUAAUUUAUGGUUUGUGUAAUACAUCUAAUUGGGAGGAGGCUAAAACUUUGUUUAUAGAGAUUUUGGAGGAAGGUGUAAAACCUGAUGUGGUGACAUUUAGCGUGGUAAUUGAUAAGCUCUGUAUCAAUGGAAAGAUGGACGAAGCCAAUGGGUUGUUCCAACUAAUGAUUAAUAGAGGUGUUUGUCACAACACAAUAACUUUUAGCCUAAAAACUGAAACAACUACAUGCAUGGGCAUGGCUCUCAUUCUAAAUUCUUAUUAA